UCUCCCUUCCACUCUAUCACCUCGUUUUCCAAGUGCGGACUUGCGGAGACCUCGCGGCCCGGUCCGGUCAUUUUUUUCUUUUCGCUCCUAUGAUAUUUUAUAGGGAGAAGGAUAAGAAUAAAAAUAUUUUUGUGCAAUAGCGUGCUCUACCGCGUUGAGGCUGAUCCGGCGCGUGAGAGACACGCGUAAAAAUAUCUCGGUAACUCGGAGAAUCGAGUUGAAAAUGAUACGAGGUGAUCGGAAAUCGUGCGGGUUUUUGGUUUGUUGAUUUUAUGCUACCGCAAAAAGUAUCAUGGCGUCCAAGAGCCAUGUGGAUAACACGGUGAAUGAACGUCGCUUGCGACCGAUUUAUGACUGGCUGGACAAUGGAAAUAAUAAAAAGGCUCUCCAGGAGGCAGACAAGGUGCUCAAGAAACAUCCGACUAAUCAAUGCGCCAGGGUGCUUAAGGCCUUGGCUCUGUUACGUAUGGGUAAGGAGAAUGAGUGCCAAGUCAUUAUGGACAAAGUGCGUUCCGAGGUGCCUUGCGAGGAUUCCACUCUACAGGCGAUGAGCAUCUGUUACAGAGAGAUACAUCAACCGGACAAAGUCAGCGAACUUUAUGAAGCUGCUGCAAAGGCUGAUCCGAACAAUGAAGAGCUCCUAACGCAUCUCUUUAUGUCUUACGUUCGUCUCGGCGAUUAUAAGAAGCAGCAGCAAACUGCUCUUAACUUGUACAAACUGACACAUAAGAAUCCAUAUUAUUUCUGGGCUGUUAUGAGUAUAGUGAUGCAAGCUAUUCAUGCCGAUCAGAAGUUGGCAAAAGAACUUAUCUUGCCUUUGGCAGAAAGAAUGGUCCUAAAACAAGUAAGGGAGGGAAAAAUAGAAGCAGAACAGGAAGUUCAGCUUUAUCUGAUGAUAUUAGAACUGCAAGAUAAAAAUCAAGAAAUAUUGAAUGUACUGUCUAGUCCUUUAGCUUCAUAUGUCUCAUACGUAUCUCAACGAAAGGCUACGUGUUUAUUGAAGCUAGAAUGUUUUCCUCAAGCGGCUAAUGCAUAUCGCGCACUUAUUGAAGAGAACAUCGACAAUUGGGCAUUUUAUCAAAAUUAUCUUUCGGCGGCCUUAAAGUUUCAAUGUAUGACAGAAUGCUUGGAUUUUUUCAACCAUAUUAUCAAUAUGUCCGAGAAGAAAAUUCGCGCGCCAUAUUUAGCCCGCCUAGAACUAUUGAAGCGAUGCCAGACUGAUGAUCUGCAAUAUAACAUGAAUUGUAUAAACUUUAUGCACCAAUAUUUCUCUCAAUUUGGAGAAAAGGGAUGUGUAGUUGGAGAUUUACGAUUGUAUUUAAAUCUACUUACACCUAAAUCCAAGUUCGAAUUAUUUGAAAAGAUUGAGGAAGAUAUUGGCCUUGUAUCAGAUGAAUUUCCAACUACAGUACAACAAAUGCAUAGGCACAUUCAUUUGGAGCAAUUGCGGCGUAUUUGUGGCUUCCAUCAUCCUCCUUUAGCAGACAGAGACAAACAGGAACAAUUGAUAAAGCGAUUAUGUGAUUUAUAUGAAAAAGGCAAUAAAUUAUGUCCAAUGCAGGAUAGAUUACCAACUGAUUUCUGUCCAGCAGAUCCAUAUAUCUUAUUGGCUACGCAUUUGUUACAUCAAUUAUGGGUCGAUACUAGUGACGCGUCUUUUCUUUAUAGGGCAAUGUCAUUAUUGGAACACGGUCUUCUGUCGAGUCCUGUAAAUUUUCACAUCAAAAUUUUACUUGUACGUAUUUACUUGGAAGCUGGUCUAGUGGUCGCGGCUGAUCAUGCGUUCGCAUUACUAGAUGUAAAACACCUUCAACUAGAUUCACUGGGGUAUCUUCACGCGCCACUUCUCGCGCCUCUCGGUAACUUGCCAUUGGCCUCGACAACUCUUGAUCAUACAGCGAAAUUUUUCAUAUCCAACUAUAAGGAUAGUGCGGAUCAUUUAACGCUUGCAUACAAAUAUGGAAGUUUUAUAAAAAUUCAGGAUUUUGUGGAAUUAAGAGAACGCCUAGAAUAUUCGUUUCAUUUUGCUAUGACAACUGUGGAUAAAAUGCUACUCGAUUUAUGUUGGUGUGAUAGUACUGCUUCUUUAUUUUCUACUUUGAAUAAUAUGCAUAUCCAACCCCAUCUCGAUUCGAUUAGAUGGGCAUCUUUGCGAGAUAAUCGUGAUUUGGAGGUUGUCCGCGGAUGGGAACCACUUAAUCAGAGCGAGGAAGAUCCGAGAAUGCAGGAAGAAACACGUAUAUGCAUGUUAAAACUACUUUCUGCAAGAAAUGCCAUAUUGCGCAUCUUGGCGGCGAGUGUUGGAACUUCUUCUAUGUAUCUUUCUCAACUAUCUGCCGAGCUUAAAGAAUUAGCAGAAGAAAGUAUACCGAAUGUGUUAAAAAAAUUCGACACAGAUGGAAAGCUGAACAGACCAUGCAAAAUAUUGGUUCCACUUGAUUCUGUAGAAAGAUUACGCGAAGCUUAUCAUUCUGAGCAAUUAAGGACUAUAGCGUGCCUUGCAAAAUCAUUAUCUCACUCUAAUUGUCCGGACUUCGAUUGCAUACAAAUGCUGCGAACAAGUCCUUGCUUACAAACUUUACCUAUCCCUGAACGAGAUAAACCUGUAUCUUUCAAAAACUUCUUACUCAGAGCUUCAACUUGUAGCGAAUCUUUAGCAAUCAUUAGCGCUAUAUGUAGUGCAUGUGCGACACAAUCGGAACCACGUGCACAAUCGCAAAAGAAAAAUAAGAAGAAAUACAAUAAAAAAAUCGAGUCAAAUAUGAUAAAUGAGACCAAUGAGAUCAAGACUUGGAGAGAAGUAGCUGUAUUAUUGUCAGAAAGAGUUGAAAAUUUAGAUGCGGUUCUAACAGAAUUUGAAAAAUACGAGUUACAUACAGGAUUGGAUGAGAAAGAUGAUGUAUGUGUGACCAUUGCAAAACGUGGACAAGCAAGUCUCCGACAAACUUGCAGAUCACUCAAAUCUCGCACUCAACCCAUAUUAAGGCUUUUAAGUAAUUUAAAAAGCUGAAACUAUUCGACAGUAUUUGUACAAAGAUCUAUAUCCGUCUACUUUUCAUAAUUUUCAAAAAUGACUUGAGAGUUCUGUACAUAAUUCUUAGGCCCAAUUCAAUUAUAAAUAAUGAAUGAAUGGUUUAAUGCUGAUUAAAAUACCUGAGCCUACCUUCAUUUUUAUAAAUAGUACUGCGCAGUUAAUACACUGCCAUUUUUGAUCGGUUUAUAACUAAUAAUACAUUAUUUAAAUUUACUAAGAAGUGUAAAAAUUAAAAUAUUUCUAAAAUUUGUGAAAUUUUUAGAACACUAUAAAAGGCAUUAAUAUUAUCGAUAUAUAUUAUUUAAGAAAACAUCUAUCAAUUUCUAGUUAUGUGCCAUUUUUUCAUUAAAAUAAAUAAUGUUUUACAUAUUUUA